AUAGAAUAUGACCCCAGUAAACCAACGGCUUUGGUAGCUGGUGCAGUUUACGCUGUAGUGACGUUCCUCCUAUUCAUACGUCUAUUCCGGAGGAAGAAUUGUUGGGGACUUUGCUUGCCCCUCGGAACGUUGGCAUUCUCAAUCGGAUUCUUCCUACGAUUUGCUUCUACUGAGAACCCCACGGUUUUUGGCCUGUUCAUUGCGACACAAAUCCUCAUCGUUGUAGCACCUGCAGCAUUCCUCGCCUUCAACUAUAUUGUGUACGGCAGGCUCAUACGUACAUUCGCCACGAGUAGGGAUCGCUAUAGCUUAAUUCGACCUGAGAAAGUGGCGAGGAUAUUUAUCAUUAGCGAUGUGGUGACUUUCAUGGUUCAGGGCGGUGGCGGUGGUUUACAAGCCCAAGAGGACUCAGCCAAUGCUGGCCGCGUCAUCUUGCUGGCCGGUAUCAUUGUGCAGGCACUCUCUUACGUCGUCUUCUGGUUCCUUCUCAUCCAUUCACACCGUGUGUUCUGCAAUGAUGGGAAGUUCGACAAAUACAACUUCCCUUGGAGCCUUAUGACGGCUCUUCAUAUUUCCUCUGUCUUCAUUAUUAUCCGGGCUACGUAUCGAGUUGUCGAACUCGCGCAAGGGAAUGACGGGUAUCUUUUAACACAUGAAGUAACCUUCUACACGUUGGACACUAUCCCAUUAUUCUUCGCCACAGCUAUAUACACAUAUUUCUGGCCGGGUGCACUCAUCGAAGACGUCUCUUCUCAGGAGCAGCCGCCGAUGCAGAUGGGUCCUGCUGCAGCUUGA